AUACAGCAGCAGAGCACGCCGAAGAGUCAGACAAGUUUGAGUACCCACUAUGGCUCCUUACGCUCUCAGCAACCAACCUUUCUCUUGCCAGCUCACGAGCGCUGACAAAAAAUUAAGGAAACCUCUGGUGGAGAAACUGCGAAGAGAUCGCAUCAAUAGCAGCAUCGAGCAGCUAAAAGCUCUGCUAGAGAAGGAGUUCCAGAAACACGAGCCCAACUCGAAGCUCGAGAAAGCUGAUGUUCUGGAGAUGACCGUGAAUUUCUUGAAGCAGCAGAUGAGGCCACAGGUGGACUAUGAUCGGGGCUACUCCAGAUGUCUUCAGGAGACCCUACAUUUCUUGUCCUUAUGUUCGCCUCACAAAGAUGCACAAGUCCAGCUGAUCAAUUACUUCAGUGGAAUUCCAAAAGCAGCCGAAGUGCCCUGCUGCCCGACUGCGACAUCCUCUCCAAAGCAAGAACGACCUGAUCCGCAAGGUGCGCUCUGGCGGCCUUGGCAGAGCAGCUAAGAAGGUCACCUCAGACUCUUAUAUGUACUCUACCUUUGAGAAUCUAUAGUUGCCUUCAUAUUGAAGGGGUGGAAUUUGUGCUGUACAUGUAUAUUACAAGUGAGAAGCCUUCAGGUUUAAAAAUUGGUGGCCACGGUUUUCCUUCAAUGAAGAGAAGUUGCUUAUUUUCAAGCACAUUUUGAAGAUGUUAUUUGUUUGCAAAUGAACUUUUGUAUUUAAUAUUGCUUGUUGUUACUCCAUUCUGCUUCAUAAAGAAAUGAGUAAUAUGUUUUAGCAUACAAAAUUUGUAUAUAAGUGUGCAUUUGGAUGCAGCAUUUUGUUUUCCCUUUGGGGUUGGGAAGGGGGUCUGCUUUUUAAAUACUACUAUUCUCCUUUCUUGUGUCUUCAUAUUGAAGAUUUCUAGUCUGUAUCUACAGUAUCUGAAAGAUGAGCAAAUUAACAAUCAAAUUGUAUAUUUUAAAUAAUCAUAUGUACCUGAUGAAUGUUUAAUUGAAAUUACAUAUGGGAACAACUGUUAUUUUUGAACAGGUCUCUCAGCAUGUGAUUACAUUGUGAAUGGAUUUUGGUAAUUUUUUUCAA